GGCCCACCAGUCUUAAUCGGUGCACACUCAGAUCGUUUUUGACUUCGGGCCUCCGCGUCUCCUCUGCUUCUUUCUAACUCGCCAACGCAGAGUUGCUUGAAUCAUGAAGUUCGUCGUAGCCAUCACCCUCGUUGCCGCGCUAUUCUACGCGUCGGCCGAAGACAAGAAGGAAGAGGAAAGGCCCAAGACCUUCCGCAGGCUCAUUCCUGCUGAUGUUCUUCGCGAUUUCCCGGGCGUCUGCUUCGCCUCGACUCGUUGCGCUACCAUCGACGUUGGCCAGUCUUGGGAACUCGCGCCUUUCUGCGGACGUUCGACCUGUGUAUCCGCCGAAGGAAACUCCGAGAUCCUCCUUGAACUCGUCGAGGAUUGCGGACCCCUCCCCAAGAGCAACCCCAAGUGCAAGCUCUCCGAAAAGACGAACAAGACCGCGAGCUUCCCGGAUUGUUGUCCCAUCUUCGAGUGCGAGGAGGGGGCGAAGCUCGAGUAUCCCGAAAUCCCAACUGUCGCACCGGCAACUGCCGCUGAGGUCGAAGCCGCAGAGAAAGCUGCCGCCGCUGCCGCCGCCUCAAGCACAACCCCCAAAGCUUAAAAUUCCUUGUCCCCAAAGCUUCGCCCUCCCCCCAAGCAUUACUUUUCCCAGCACGGUACGGCUUCCGCUGCGUGAUUCUUCAAUCAACGAAUCUAAUUCUACGUCCGUACUGUGAUGCAACUUCGUCCGGAGACCGUUGUUUGUAAAUAAAAUCGAUAAUAUAUUAUUACGAUGUUUCGACCUUGCCCCAAAACUUCAUUUGAUACCGUGCAACAAUUAUGUCAGAAAAUUACGAGUCCUCUAGUUUGUUAACUAAAUUUCACCUAUAUAUUUCGUCCAUGCGAAGACGAUUUCAACGAUUAUUUUACAUAUUGUACUUAUACUAGAAUUUUUCGGCAAGAUUCUCUGGAUUUGUAAACUAGAAUUAUACAUAUAUACAUAUCACGUAUUGAUAUUGUAAUAGCAUCUUAGCCGGCUGAAGUCUGUCGUAAAUUGACUAUUAUUUUAUAUCCUCGUGCGAUUAUGCAUUAUUCGCAUAAUGUAUAACGACCACAAAUCAUCCACGUACUCGGAGUUAUUACAACAGCAGUCAGAAAUCGAAAUUCUGUUCAAUGUGCAGCUUGGAACGAGCGCUGCAGUGUACUGUAAACAUGUGUGAUUGUAACUUUAUGUGAUUAAUUGAAUUAAUAAUUAUUUAAUAAUAUA